AUGGACGAUACUGUCGCGCAUUCAGUGGAAAGCCUUCUGCCUGACUCGCUUGAAGUGCCUAUUGAUGGACCCUUAUCAAUAUCUGAUCCCGCUGAAGUUUUCGGUAUCGAAGCUCCGUCGCCGCAAAUUCCCACUGACCUCCCCGAGGAUACUUCGACUGGUACUACCCAGAGCGAAUCUAGUAGCUUGAAACGCUCUAGACCCCAUGACGAGGCGGACGAAGGAUGGCAAACUGUAAGCAAGCGCUCGUCUAAAAAGUCGAAAAAGGACAACAAGGAAAAGAAGGUUCCGGCGCCUCAAUCGACCAAUUAUCCUUCCAUCACGUUCAACCACAACGCCAAGCUCCAAUCCAAGAUCGCGCUCGACUCGCUACGAAACCUUAUCCUUUACAUAUUCGCUGAAGGCGCAGCUCCUCAAUGGGUUGCAAUCUCCCAACGGCCGCAAUUUCGAAAGAUGGUCGCGAUUAUGGUACCGGGACUAGAAGAAGCUAUGUUCAAGCAGGAUGUCAACUUUACGACGUAUAAUGACCAGCCCUUUAAUUCGGACCAAAGACCCCGAGUGUUAACAUCUCCGGAUGACUAUUAUCCGCGACUUCUAAAAAAGGAGGAGCUUCCUGAAAUCUUGAAGGAUUUCGCAGAUAUGUUUAGUCACCUAUGGCCUGUCAGAACACCAGGUAACGAGAAAUAUGGCACUAUACGCUCGCCACUCGGCACCAUACUCACGGCGCCCACUGAAAAGACUAAAGAGGAGAAGAGUCAACGGGGCGUCCAACCUGCGAAGGAGCCAAAGGGUUGGAAGGACGACCGUACAAGAAUCACCGAGUUUCUAACGAUGCCAGAAGACUUCCUAGCCAAUGGGUAUAUAUUACAUCCUGCCUGUAUACCGGCAGAGCGGCGCAAAAAUUUUCAAGAUCUAGAGGGAUGGGUUCAUACUAAUGUGGAGAAUCUUGAAGAUGGUGAUGUUCCUGAAGAGGAAAUCCAACAAGGGAGUGUCACGGCGGGCCGAGAAAUUCUUGCUCUUGACUGUGAGAUGUGUGUAACGGGGCCUGAAGAGUUCUCUCUUACGAGAAUUAGUCUUGUAGGUUGGGAUGGAACUAUUGUUCUCGACGAACUAGUCAAACCCGACAAGCCAAUCCUCGACUAUGUCACCCGUUUUUCAGGCAUCACGGAACAGAUGUUGGCCCCUGUGACCACCACACUUAGAGAUAUACAGGCUAAACUUCUGCAAAUCCUCCAUCCCCGCACAAUCCUUAUAGGACACUCCCUAGAAUCAGAUAUGAAAGCACUGCAACUUACUCACCCGUUUGUUGUUGACACUGCUAUUCUCUUCCCACACAAUCGAGGACCCCCGUUAAAAAACAGUCUCAAGUUUUUAUCGCAGCGAUUCCUCAAGCGUGAGAUUCAGAAGGGUAUGAUGGGGCACGACUCGAUAGAAGACGCAAAGGCAUGUUUAGACCUUGUGAAGCAGAAGUGCGAAAAGGGAAAAUCCUGGGGCAACCAGGAGUCGGGUGAGAAUCUAUUCCGACGGUUAACCAGAACAGGAAAGGCUUAUCGUGCAAACGGUGGGGUUGAGGCUAAAGGAGGAGUCCAAGUUGGAAAGACGAGCGCCAUGAUUGAUUGGGGUGACCCCAUGAAGGGUGCUGGGGCAGCUUCAACGUUCCCGAUCGGGUGCAAAUCAGACGAAGAGGUGACAGAAGCCAUCAUGCGCUCUCUGAGGGGUGAUCCCGUCGGCGAAGAGAUACCUUUUGGUGGCGUUGACUUUGUUUUCGCACGAUUUCGUGAGUUAGAGGCAUACCAGGGGUGGUGGAAUGGGAAGAGCGACUUUCCGCCUCCCGACCUGUCCAACAUGUCCCUCGAAAUAUGUGUUCAGAACCUCACCCAGCGAAUCAAGCGCAUCUACGACUCGUUACCACCAUGUACCGGUUUCAUCGUGUUCAGCGGUUCCGGCGAUCCGCGCGAGAUGGCGCGCCUGCAGGCCAUGCAAACUCAGUUCAAGAAAGAGUACAAUACGCCAGGCAGUAACUGGGACGAUCUAAGCGUAAAGUGGACGGACAGGGAGGAUCAAGCGCUAAAGAAGGCAGUCAGCGUUGCGCGCAAUGGCAUUGGUUUCAUCGGUGUCAAAUGA